CUUGCAGAAUCCAGGAUGUCUGCCAGCGACUACCAGGAAAUUCUCAAGUACUAUGAAUUACAUGAAACAAUUGGAACGGGUGGUUUUGCAAAGGUAAAACUCGGACGGCAUCUUCUUACUGGUGAAAAAGUUGCAAUAAAGAUCAUGGACAAAUUUGCUUUAGGGGAUGACUUGCCUCGUGUUAAAACAGAAAUUGAUGCCAUGAAGAACUUAAGUCAUCAACAUGUUUGCCGAUUGUAUCAUGUAAUAGAGACAUCAAAGAAAAUAUUCAUGGUCUUAGAGUAUUGUCCUGGAGGGGAGCUGUUUGAUUACAUUGUUUCUAAGGACCGCCUUUCAGAAGAGGAAGCUCGAGUCUUUUUUCGACAGAUUGUUUCAGCAAUUGCUUACGUUCACAGUCAGGGUUAUGCCCACAGAGACCUCAAACCAGAAAAUCUGCUGAUUGAUGAGAAACAUAAUUUGAAGCUGAUAGACUUUGGGCUCUGUGCAAAGCCAAAGGGAGGCCUCGAUUACCGCCUGAACACAUGCUGUGGAAGCCCAGCGUAUGCAGCACCAGAGCUAAUCCAGGGCAAAGCGUAUAUUGGCUCAGAGGCAGAUAUUUGGAGCAUGGGUGUACUGCUGUAUGCUCUGUUGUGUGGGUUUCUUCCUUUUGAUGAUGACAAUGUGAUGGCACUCUACAGGAGGAUAACAAGAGGAAAAUACACCAUUCCAAAAUGGCUUUCACCUAGCAGUACACUGCUACUUAACCAACUGCUACAGGUAGACCCUAAGAAGAGGAUUACAGUUAAACACCUGCUAAGUCACCCUUGGCUCAUGCAAGGUUAUUCUGAUGCUGUUCAGUGGCAAAGUAAAUACCCACUGGGGCACCUUGAUGAGGACUGUAUAACAGAGCUUUCUGUGUUUCACAACCAGAGCAGAGAGAGUAUAUCGGCAUUGAUAUCAGAGUGGAAUUAUGACCAGAUGUCAGCAACCUAUCUCUUGCUUCAAUCCAAGAAGGUUCGUGGCAAGCGCAUCCACUUACGAAUUCCAUCACAAACAGCACAUGCCAGUGCAACACAGUCAGCAAGCCUGGGGUCUGAAAAGGCUGUGACAUCUGAAGAUGCGCCAGAUUGCAGCGAUGUGCCAGAUGCGUUUGGAUCCAUGGAAUUUUCUGAUGCAGCUUCAUUGUCUGAAGAAUGUCCACUGGAAGAGUUUAUUCUGAAUACUUGUGGAACAAAGCAGCAGUCAAGGCACGACACUCAGCCGGGUGGCACGGAAUUCACACUGUCAACUCCAGUGACAAGGAAAGUGGCAUCUAAGAAGCACGCAAACAAAGAGAAUGUUGGUGCAGAGUCAGCGUUAAGAGAUGAGCUGCCCUUUGCACUUCCUGCUCCAAAGGCCUCCUUUUCAAAGAGUGAGACAGACAAGCAAGUACAAGGCACACUCUUUCAGGCACCUACUCCCAAAGAGAGCCAGUUCACAACAGUCACCCCAGUUAAGAAGCCCAAAAUACCAACAAAUACGUAUGAACUGACAGCAACUGAGGUUCUUCCUGAGAGGAGGUGUCAUUCUGUGGAUUUAGAUCUCAACAUAGCUCAUGUGGAUAGCAGCCAAAAGAAGAGAAAGGCCAAACUAUUUGGAAGUCUUGAAAGAGGCCUAGAUAAAGUGAUAACAAUGCUUACACCAGGCAAAAAGAAGCGAUUCAGUAGACACGGACCAAGAAAACUUAAGGCACACUAUAAUGUUACCAUGACUCAACUACUGAAUCCAGACCAACUGCUGAGUGAAAUAAUCUCUGUCCUUUCAAAGAAGCAAGUGGAAUACACUAAGAAGGGCUACACCCUGAAAUGCCAAACAAAGCCAGACUUUGGCAAAGAAUCCAUGAAGUUUGAGUUAGAAGUGUGUCGGCUCAGUAAGAAUGAAGCAGUUGGCAUCAGGAGACAGAGGCUCAGAGGGGAUGCUUGGGUCUACAAGAGGCUGGUGGAAGACAUUUUAUCCAGCUGCCAAGUGUGACUGCUGCUCAGAAAGCCACAGUGUUGUACUGAGACUUUAAUCAUCGUUUUAGAAAAAAUCAGUCUGGAAAGGUAAUCUGUGAUCUCCUUCACAGCUGUAUUUGAGAAACCUUGUCAGCUCUGAUAGUUUAACCACCCCUUUGUGUAUAUGCCCACUGCACGUUUCCUUUUCUUACAAAAACUGUCAACUUCUGCUACAUGUUCUGCAAUUGUAACUCGACUGAAAUAAAGUUUCUUAAACUAC